AUGGACUGGGCGGGCAUUAUUGUCGAGCGUGCUACAGGAGUGUCUCUAGAAACGUACUUUCAGGAGAACAUUUUCGGACCUCUCAACAUUACCAGCAUCACGUUUCAACCUUCGGAAGAGUCCAAAUCACGAUUGGCUCAUAUGCAUCAGAGAGACGUUGACGGUGGAUUUUACGAGAUAGAUCACAUCUACAGAAAGCUCCUGGUUGUGAAAACGCAGGAGGAAAAGGACAACCUACUUUGCGCUGGGGGGCAUGGAUGCUUUGGCAAGCCAGCAGAGUUCUCCCGUAUCAUCGCACUGCUCCUGAAUGAUGGCCAAGAUGCUAGGACAAAGGCGCAACUGCUGAGGCCCGAAACAAUAGACGAAAUGUUUACCGAUCAGAUUUCUGACAAGCCUCGCUAUUCUAACAAAUUCAUCCCGGUGUCAAAGCCCACUCUGGCAAGGCCCACCCCGUUGACUGCAAUUCCAGAGGAUCAUACUGAAGGCUGGGGUCUUUCCUUCUCAAUCAGCCACCACCCGUCAUCGACAGGAAGGCCUGCAGGAGCCGCCUCCUGGGAGGGCCUCGCAAAUCUCUAUUGGUUUGCAGACCGCAAGAACAAGCUUGGCGGAAUUAUUGCAACACAGAUUGCACCUUACGGGGAUCCUCAUGUUCUUGAAUGUUCAGACAAGGUCGAAGCGGAGAUUUACAAGAUUAUUGCUUCCAGAACUACUGAGUGA